CUUACAGUUCAUGCUUUAGGACUUGAUGUAAAUAUAGCAGAAAAACCAAUGGAAAUUGUCGUCAAUGUGAUCGACCAAAAUGAUAAUAAGCCUGUGUUUACUCAGAAUCCUUUUAAUGGACAUGUUCAUGAAGCUGCUACAAAAGGUAGGUGUAUGUUUAUGACUGUCACAGCCACUGAUGCAGAUGACCCAAAUGAAUACAAUGGUAUAGUCAACUACGCAAUUAUCAGUCAAGAGCCACAACUUCCAAAACCGAACAUGUUUGAUAUCAACAUUUCAUCUGGAACCAUUUGUGUGCGAGAAACAGGCAUGGACAGAGAGCAAUGGCCCAGAUAUACUUUGUUAAUUGUGGCUGCUGACCUGAAUGGAAAUGGUUUUUCAACCACUGGCACAGCUGUUAUUACUAUUACUGACAGCCAUGAUAACCCACCUCAGUUUGAGCAAACCUUGCAUGUCGUAUCCGUCCCAGAGAAUAAAGUAGGGGCUGUAGUGGCCACACUUACAGUUACUGAUGGAGAUGAAGCUGGAUCACCUGCCUGGUCAACCAAGUAUCGGAUUAUUAGUGGUGACAAGGGUGGGUUUUUCAAUGUCAGUACUGGACCCAGCCAGCUGGAGGGCAUCAUCACAACUGUAAAGCCCCUGGACUUUGAGAAGAACAAGAAAUAUCUUCUGUUUGUGAUUGUUGAGAACGAUGAUCCAUUUGUCGGUUAUUUGCCCACUUCCACUGCCACAGUCACAGUGAAUGUAGAGGAGGUACAUGAACCUCCCAAUUUUAAUCCAAAGGUAAAGGUUAUUUCCAAACCUAAAGAUUCAACAGUUGAUAGUGAGUUAAUUACUUAUACAGCCACUGACGGUUUGAGGAAACCUUAG